GUUAGUGAUCCGGUGGGGAACAGUGACAGCGGGGCGGAGUAUGAGUGCGGCCGGGCUGCGGUAUCGGUUCGAGGUUAAGCCCGGUACAGAACCAUGCUGACCCGGCGCGGGAGAGCGGGCCUGUCGGGGCGGGGAGCUGGGCUGUGAGCCGCGGUUCUGAUGGCGGGACUGUCGUACCUGGUGCUGCGGUUCUCGGGCUCCGCGGGCCGAACCUACGGACUGUUCUCUAAAGGACUCACCCGAACCCUGCUCAUAUUCUUCGACCUGGCCUGGAGGCUCCGGAUCCGGUUCCCCUACCUCUACCUCAUCGCCUCUAUGAUGUUUAAUGUUCGCCUGCAGGUUCACAUCGAGAUACAUUAAUAUGCGCCGGCGGACUUCCAUCACUGACAGAAUGGCCAAUCGCUGCUUUAGACCCCGUCCGAGGUGAAAAGGUUCAGCAGCUCUGGGAGAUAAACGUAUGGAGGAAACAGAUACAGAGAGGAUGGAGCCGCCGCCUCCGUCGCUCUGCUUCACAGCAGAUCUGGAUCCUGACCUGAGAUCAGCGUCUGCAGAGCGUCGCCAUGUUUCUGCUGCUGAUGAUGUUGAUGAUGUUUGUUGGGACUUCGGCGGCUUUCGGCGUGAAAGCUUCGCUCUGUGGACCGAGUGCGAUGGCCGAAGGUGAUGGAAACCAUAUUCAGGGUGUUCUUAAUCUUAAAAAAUCUAAAAAACUAAAAAUAUCCUGUUUUUCUGGAAUUAUUUGGACUUUCUGCUCAUUUCUAACAGCAGAAGUGACCAACUAGAGCCUUGAUGUUUAUAGAAUUUUAAGGGGAUGGGUUCAUAGACGUUUCUAAAUAGGUCCUGCAUGACUUUGGCUACGUUCACACAUCAGGUAAAUCCAAGGGCCCAAAUCUUUAUGGCUGUUCGUUUUGGGGGAAAAAAGAAAGGGGGCACUUCGGUUUCUGAACCAGUUUCUCUGAAUUUGCUAUUUAUAGGUUUAUGUUUAAGUAAAAUUAACAUUAUUGUUUGACUCAUAUUUGUAAUGAUUUAGGAGUUCAGAAAUAAUCAAUAUUUGGUGGAAUAACCUUGGAUUUUAAUCACAGUUUUUUUCAUACAUCUUGGCAUCAUGUUCUCCUCCACCAGUCUUACACACUGCUUUUGGAUAACUUUAUGCUGAUUUACUCCUGGUGCAAAAAUUUAAGCAGUUCAGUUUGGUGGUUUGAUGGCUUGUGAUCAUCCAUCUUCCUCUUGAUUCCUCUAGAUUUUUAUGUGGUUUCCUUUUUUUCAAACAAUAGCGUUAAUGUAGAAUAUUAUAGUUAAAUUCCUUUACAUAAUACAGAAAUUCAGUAAGAUUAAUUCAGCUUCAAGUCUCAACCACGCUUGAUGUACAGCUUUGAAAAAAAAAAUUGAGAGCACACAGUUUCUGAAUCAGUUCCUCUGAUUUUGCUAUUUCUCUCAAAUUGCAAAACAAAAAAAUCGUUCAUUCAUUCAUUUAGAGCAUUUAUUUGCAGAAAAUGAAAAAUGGCGAAAUAGCGAAAGUGUGUACGCAAAGUCUGAUUCUGACAGAGCUAGAAUUAUAAACUAAAAUUUCACAAACGAUUUAUUAAUUUAUUAAGUAAAAAGAGACUCCGCCCACAUAGACGAUGUCGACAGGAUGUAGGAUGAAGUUGCUGAAUGUGCUCAGUCACUAAACUACAGUGUGAAACCGAAACUAAACGUGACAAAGACCUUGGUGAACCUUGGUGCAAACUAUAGUCUGGACUGGUCAGGUGUGAAAACGCCCUUAUUUUAUUGGAACAGAGACAUAAAACUUAAUAUUUAUGGCCUCUGUCAACCCUUAUUCAUAGCUAUUGUGCUUUAUAUCAUCACUUACUCACAGCCUUUUUAACUUAAAAGUUGAAAAAUUCUAAUUUCGCUGUUCAGACUGAUUCACAAUAGAGCUGCACGAUACUGGAAAAAUUUACAUUGCAAAUGUUCUUUUUUUCGAUGAUAUAUAUAUAUUAUAUGUAUAUAUAUAUAUAUAGCAAUAUUAAACAGUGCAGGGCUCAUGACGUCACCAGCCCCACCCCCACCCACGCACUACCUGUCUCGCAUCUGGGCCAAUCAAGAGCUGAGUCAGCGCCGAGUUCUCAAAACCCGAGAUAAACAGCAAAACAACAGUAAUCAGCCCUUUAAUCAGGCGUUUAAAUGGCUUUUUAAAAGGUCAAUAAGAUUAAGAAUACGUUUUUCUGGGAUUAAAAGCGUGAAUUCAGCUGUAACUGGAAAUAUCUGCACUGCUAAACUGUGCUGGACUGAGGAGCACAGCUUUCCACACGUGCUCACGUUUACAAGCACGUGCCCAACCAUGUGGAUGGAGGCCAUGCUUGUGGUUACGUUGUGUUUAUUACUGCCCCUCCCCCUCGUGCUUCUCAGGCAGCAGCAGCCUGUCACUCACACAGACACAGAGACAGCGCUGUGUAUCUACUUCUUGUGUUGCUUAAACGAUAUAUCAUGCAGCCCUAAUUCACAAUGUUCACAAGUCAGAUAAGUAUCAGAAUUUAAUGUAUACACACAUAUUAAAUAGAAAAUAUCAAAUUCAGUGUAUUUUUACUGUUACUCUGCCGCUCAGAUAACAGAUCUGUAUCACAUAUGAUGUAAAAUAUCAGAUUUUUUGCCACAUUUACCUGCUGAGUGAACGUAGCUCUGAGAACAGACUGCCUCUUACAGAGCGUUACAGUGAGGUUCGUCAGUGUUGAGAUGUUCACAAACUCAUAUUUAUCUUGAUUUGUUAAAGUUUUACUGGGAGUUUUACGUUGUUUGGACAUGUAGCAGAUGAAUAAUCUCACGUUUCAUGUUUACUGGAGGUCAAAUAACCCGCGUUACUGAGGAAGAGGAGGGGCUGUGUUGUUUUAUAUCUCCUAAUAUAUAGCGCUUUAUCAAGGGAUGUGGUUUUCCAUACAUAAAUACAUACUUAUAUACACACAGACACACACACAAUCACAACAUGUUUAAUCAAAAUCACAUGAGUGGGAUUUCUUAGGUUACCGGUACAUUCACACCGCAGGUAAAAACAGCCGAAAUCUGAAUUUUUAAUUUCUCUGUUUGUUAGCCUGUUUACACUGUCUUUUAAUGUGAUUUAUAUCCAAAAUUGGUCUAAGAAACAGUUUGUGCUCAUGUAUUAGAGAGCAGCGCUUCACGUGAAGUUUCGGUUUCAUCUUCUCUAGUCUUACAGGAUGUAUUAAAGCAGUUCCUGUGUCUGCAGUAGGCUUAUUAUCAUCGAAAAUGCAUUUAAGCUCACUGAAAAAGGACAUUAUAUUAUUUAGUUUAGCCACACCCACUACUUUAGUUUAUGUUCUUGUUUCAGGCUGUUUUUUUAUCAUGCCAGUGCCAUGUUUAGCUAUUUUUCCUUUUCAUUUGACAUAAAUCACAUUAACAUUAACAUUCUUAUCUGACUGUUUAGACUUAUAAAUUCACAGAGGUCUAAGGUGUUGUCACUAUGAUCAGGAACUCGCUGGUUCGAAUCCUGUUCAUUCAGCUUGCCAUCAGCUGCCAGAGCCCUGAGAGAGCACAGGCGCUCUUCUUUCCCCUCGUCACUCCUAGGGUGAUGUGGAUCAGCACGAGGCUGCGUCUGUGAGCUGUUGUAUCAGAACCGAGUCGCUGCGCUUUCUUCCGAGCGUUAGCGCUGUGAUGCUACUCGGCAAUGCUACAUCAGCAGCAGUUCAGAAAGAAGUGGAGUCUGACUUCACAUGUAUCAGAGGAGGCAUGUGCUGGUUUUCACCCUCCUGGUGUUGGGGCAUCACUAGUGAUAGGGGGAGUGUCCUAAUGAUUGGGUUGGGUGAUUGGCCGUGUAAAUUGGGGAGAAAAUGGGAAAAUAAAUUAGAAAAGAAAAAAAAAAUCACAAAAACAUAAUAACUAAACCGAUCAGAUUUGGGCCGAUUUUACCUGCUGUGUUUUUGGGAGUUUAUGGCUAGUUUUGUCAUUUUACUUAUUUAUAUUUAGAAUCACAUUUAAAAGUACUGAAUUUUUUUGGUACAUGCAUGUAGUUUAAUUUUUCUUUUUUUCCGUACACAUGGGUUCAGGUUAAAAGUUAUAUAAUCCCUGCUGUUACACCAAAAAAUAAGAAAGUAAAUUAAAACUGACUCAUGUUUGAGCUAAAGGGCUGUUCAGGUGCAGUUUAAUCUGAUUUAUUACCCAGAUAAUAAUUACUAACUACAGCUAUUAACUAAUGCAGCUCUGCUGUAUGUUCAGUACAUGCUAGAACACAGCAUGUUAGACCCUCUUCCUGUAUUUACUAUAUUACUGUAUUUAUUCUAGCUAAUCCCCAGACAGCUCUGACCAAUCAGAGGAGACUACCUGCUCGUGUGGAUUUUAGGGCUCAUAUUGGUGCUUUUAGGUUUUAGGUGCCUGUGUGAAAACAAACCAAACAGAGGGGAAAACUCACCAAGAAAACGAAGUCAUGAACUGAUUAAGACCAGAGAAACCGAAUACAGGUGUAAAAACUCUCCUUAAUCACCUCUAAAAUUUCAUGUUUCCUCAAGGUCAUGGUAUGGGACAAUAAUGCUAUAAAUUAUAUUGAAUUAUUAUUAUUUAUAUUUUUUAAGAAUGCCAUACAACAUAAAAUUGAACUCUUAAAUGCUUUAAUGAACAUUACUCUUUUGCUGUGCAUGGCUCCCAGGGCUGCACAAUAUAUAUAUAUAUAUAUAUAUAUAUAUAUAUAUAUAUAUAUAUAUAGUUUCAGUAUCGUAAUCAGUGUACGCAUAUGCGGUAGUCACAUUGCAAAUAAGGCUGCAACUAAUGAUUAUUUUGGUAGUUAAAUCAAUGAUCUGUUGAUUAUUUCUUUUAUUAGCUGAUAACCAAUGCCAAUAUACAUAUUUAUAACUUACACAGAGCUUAUAAAUUUAUAAACUAAUUUAAGUUCAAAUUUAAUGUAGGUUUCAAAAUUAGCCUUUAAAAAUAAAAAAAAAUUCAAUAAUUUACUAAAUAUAUACUGAAAAAAUAUGAAAAUAAAUAAAAUUAAUUUGAAUCAUUUGAUUUUAAAUCAGUGCAGACAGUGUUGACCUAUUGUAGUAGCGUGGUCAGCGUCGCUUGGCACCUUUUCUGGCAUACAAAAAAAAAAAUAUCAACAAAUAUUGGUUUUAAAUAUUGUCCAAAAUGACCAAUGCCGAUGAUUCUGAUAAAAAAAAAAAUGAUAUCGGUAUAUACAGAUAUAAUAUCUAUAUCUACGUGCAUCCCUAUGUUUAAGUUUCUGAUAUUUAUUUAUUGAAUAAAUAUGAAAUAUGUUGUGUUUGGACACUUUUUAAGGUAGAGACCGUUAAUUGGGUGUUAUUUGAGUGUUAAUUGGGAUGUUAAUUGGGUGUUAAUUGAUUGUGUCGAUUAAUUGUAAUAAGGCCAAUCUCUCCUGCAACUGCAAAUUAAAAUUUUAAUAUUAUACAGCACCAGUCAAAAGUUUGGACACACCAUUUCUCUUUUAAUGUUUUUUUAUUAAUGUUUUGUCACUAUCUAUCUAUCUAUCUAUCUAUCUAUCUAUCUAUCUAUCUAUCUAUCUAUCUAUCUAUCUAUCUAUCUAGAUGAGUUCUAGUGGUUUUGAGCUUUUGCUCACAGGUUUUUAUAAUAAAAAUAAAGAAUGGAUAUUAAUAAAAAUGUGUUUCUAAACUUUUGACUGGUAUUGUAUAUAUUUUUGUUGCUUAAAUUCCCAUGACUUUUCUUUUCCAUGACUUAUAUAUUAUAUAUCAUUAUAUAUUAUUAACUGCCCACUAUAUAUAUUUAUUUUAUUCCAAUACUACAGUCCAGGUUUUGCAUUAACAAUAUCAUGAGAUGUUGGGUUGCUUACAUAUGGGGAAUUUUUUAUUUAUGUUUUAAUUCUGUAUUUUUUUUUUAUAUUGCAAUGUAAAUUGCAGAAAACAAAAAUGUUGCGAUGCUGAUUUUUUACCCCCCACAGUUUUGUGCAGCCCUGUGGAGACCUGUCUAGUGCACUAUAUACAGCGUAGGGAACCGUUUGGGACGCAGCCUUUUAUAUUUUUUGUUUUUUUAGUUUCAUCCCGUCCGCAACUGUCCCCGUUCUUUUGCAGCACAGUGAACAUUGUUACUUUAAAAUUGAUUUUUACUUUUAAAACUGGAGUGAUUAUCGUAUGCUAUGGGUUACGUGUAUUAUGUCAGUAAUGAAUGUGCAUUAUUUUAAAUGUGCAAUUUUGUUUGAAUGAAGAGGACAGUGUGUGGGAAGUGUGAUUUUUAUUAUUUUUGAACUUUUAAACAAUAAAUUAUUAUUAUUUCUUAUCUUA